AUAAGUUCCAGAAAUUCUGGCAUCAGCUGUUCCUCUUCCUCACCUUGGACAGGUGAGACCAGAGCGCGACCAGUGACGACGUCAUCUGACGUCUGUGUGCGUGAGGGGGUUCCACUCUAGUCCACAAGAGUCAUGGCUACAGCUACUCAGAAACAAACAUUUGUGUGCUGCGUGGACGCUGUCAUUUAACAGAGGCUCGUUAACCGGAGAGUCAUGUCACCGUCCAGCUGGUCCGCUGUCGGAGGACGAUUCUGAGUCGAGCAGGAACCGGACAUGGAUAUGCUACAACAUAUGGAGUGGGAUUCAGUAGAUGACGACCUGGGAGAAUUAAUGGAUGAGCCCCCCUACUUAUCUGAAUCUCCUCAGUCACAGUCGACAGCGAGUAGCAUUUCAGAACAUGAAUUUUCGUGUCACUGUUGCUAUGACAUCUUGGUCAACCCCACCACUUUAACGUGUGGCCAUAACUUCUGCCGCCACUGUCUGGCUCUGUGGUGGGAGUCCUCACACAAGAACGAAUGUCCAGAGUGCCGGGAGAAGUGGGAAGGCUUUCCUAAAAUCAACAUACUGCUGAGGGAUGCAACUGACAAGCUUUUCAGUGAGGUGGUACAGCGGAGGAGAGCAGAAAUCCAGGCCAACCCCAAAAUCUCCCGAAGCUUGCUGGCCUUCCAGAGAUAUGGUGACAACUUGGGUCGAUCUCGGACAAACCAGCACAAAGGAGCAGGCUUCUUCUUCUCUGGAGUCUUAAGUGCGCUCACAUGUGUGGCUGUGAUGGUGCUGGUGUAUCACUGGAGCUAUGGUGUGGUUGAACAACAUGACCUGUUGAUCAGUAAACCUGUAGCUCGCUGGACACCGGAGGAGGUUGUGUCCUGGCUGGAACAGUUGGGGCCCUGGGCCCAGCUAUACAGAGAACCCUUCCAGCAGGAGAACGUCAAUGGAAGGCUCCUGUUGAUGCUGGGGGAUGAGGAGUUGUUGAAAGCUCCUUACAGCAUAGAAAACCAAGCUCACAGACGAGCUGUUCUGGCUGAACUGGACAGAGUUAAAGCCCUGGGGGUCAAACCUCCACAGAACCUCUGGGAAUACAAAGCGGCUAACGCUGGGAAGUCUCUGUUCCUGCUGUACGCACUGAAGCGCUCCCCACGUCUCACAAUCCUUUAUUUGUAUUUAUUUGAUUACUCUGAGACUUUCCUGCCCUUCCUGCACACCUGCUGUCCAGCCAUCGCACACAUUGACCAGGAAGUGGAGAGCAGAUUCCUUGAGACACAGGUGAACCCCAGCUGGCGUCAGUGGGCAGAGUUCCUCGUAAAAUACUGCCUGCUUCCAUACCAGCUGAUUGCAGAGUUUGCUUGGGACUGGUUGGCUGUCCACUACUGGACAUCCCGCUUCAUUAUUGUUAAUGCUAUGCUGCUGUCUGUGCUGGAAGGCUGCGCCCUGUGGAGGCUUUGGACAAGAGCCAGGAUCAGGACUCUGCCGCAUAAGAUGUGGAACCACUUGUGGAAGAUGCUCUCUCAGGGAUUCGCCUUCGCCCUCCUGUGGCCUUUUGUCCCGCAGUUUGUGUGCAACUGUCUCUUCUACUGGGCUCUCUACUUCAGCCCCAUCAUUAAUAUAGACCUGGUGGUGCAGCAGCUGAUGCAUCCUGAAACGCAGGCGCUCUAACGGACUGCAUGUGCCUGGUUGCUGCUGUACAGUUCACAGCAAAAAAUCAAAAUAAUCAGGAGUCCAGUUGCUGAAGAGAACUGUUCAUUUUCAGCCGUAAACUCAUGUGAGACUGUCUUUGUUUGCUGCCGGACAGUAAGUUUUCACGCUUCCUGUCUAGCCGUGUGGAACAAGAGAGGCACCGAGCUACCGAAGGAGAAACGAAACCAUCGAGGUGAGCGGCAGUAAAAUACCUGGGAUGUUACUGAGAUGAACUGAUGACAGUAGUGAUCUCUCUGCGUCCCCAGUGCAUUCACAAACCACAAUGCCUAAACGAUUCUGGGGGCAGUUAUGCAAAUGAUAAGUUUUGUUUAAACACUGGUGUUGGUAAAGAUCUGCCUCAUAAAGAAUUCCUCGUAGCUUUGUAGCACUGAUAUAACUGUAGCCUGCUGCCCCGUGAAAGGUGAGUUCUUUAUGCAUCUGCAGGCUUAGCUCCUCAAGGUGGAGCAAAACAAGCAUGGAAGCAUUUGUUUGACUUCUGUUAUCAAAUAUCUUUUUUGGCAUGUAACCCACAAUUAGGGUAAAUGAACAACUGCUGCCUCAGAAGUAUAAGUUUGAAUGAAGCAGUUGUAUGAUAGUAUAUAAAGCUUCAUAAUUCUGAUGCACUCUUGGCUUCUUCAGUGUGGCUCUGGCUGUGACUGUGAUCUCAGUGCUAUAGAGCUGUUUGGAAAUUCACUGUGAGGUUUGAAAACAUGAUUGAGACAAGUCAAAUGUUGGGGUUUGUAGCUCUGUGUUCUGUUGGACCCUCAGGCUUCAGCUGUUCAAAGGGGGAACAAAGAGGCUGUGUGUUGGAUCAAAUGUGUAUCACUGAAGUUUGUUCCAGAGGGUUCCAGCAUUUGCUAUGAUGAGAUAUGUGGCACUUAGAUUUGAAUUGCGUCUUAUGUUCUUAAAUUUUGUUGCUAUUCUAAUACAGGUCUUUUCGCAUUUUAAUAAGGAGCUGUUUUUUACCUGCUUGUACUGCUGACAGUUAUUGUGUUGCACAUUUUUUUAUUGCCCAGAUACGUUCUGUUCGCAGUAUAAUUUUCCAUUUUAUGGGUGAACCAAGCUAAUUAAAGACUAGAUUUGUUUUUACAUUCUUCAUUUGCACUUAACAAUUCUACACUGUGAUUUCGUUCUUCCAUGUUCUCUAAUAAAGAAAAAUAAAGAUUUUUAAAUAAG